AUGAAACAACAAAAUGUAGUAGAUGAAGUUGCAUCAGAAUCAGAUGAAGAAUCUAGUCAUAUUGUUGUGAAUGAAGUAGUGAAUAUAGAUCACGUUGUCCCUCCACAACAGGUAGAUAAUACGGGAACAACUCCCACAAACCAAAAUGAUCAAGACAGAGAAGUAACGAGCGAACAGCUCGAAUGUUCGAUUUAGUUUUUCUCUGUGAUUCAAAUAGAAAGUUUAUUAAUACAAACCUAUUAUGCCCUAAAAGUACAGUGAAAGUGAUUCCCUGUGGAACAACAGAUAAAGCGAUAAAUAUCUUGUCAUCACCACGUUUUAAAGUUAAUAAGGAACUGAUCAUUAACACAGGUGUUAACGAUCUAGAACACUCUACUGCAAAAGAUGUCAUCAGUAAACAACUUCAGAUGAUCAAUCUAGCUGUGAAUGCUUUUCCAGGGAAAAAGAUAAUCUUAUCUAGUAUUACACUCCGAGAUGAUAAAUUGGACAAAGAUGUUGAAGUUGUUAACAAAGAAGUACACUGUCAAAUAGCAAACAACCGAAAUGUCAUAUAUGUCAAUAACUGUAACUUAAGGGAAGUAAAAUAUUAUUACGAUCACAAACACCUCAAUAGGAAAAAUGGUAUUCCUGCGCUCGCAACCAGCGACUGA